GGAAAAGACGAAAAGUCCAAAAGUGGGACGAAGGAAGCUGCAGUCGUACUUGUCUCAAUCAAGACGUUCAACGAUAGCAUUUUGCACUUUACGUAGCCCAUACAGUGUAAGCCAAUUUGCUGUAGACUUUAACGUAAUUAUUACAACGCUCAUCCACUAGGCACACAAGACUUCACGUUCACGAUCUAGCGCGGAUAAUGGCCAACGGGCGAGGAGGCAGGGGUGGUGGCAGGGGCUCAGGCAGGGGUUCUGGCAGGGGCCCUCAGGGCAACAACCGGCUUGCAGUCAGCGGUGGCAGGGGCGGCAGCGGACCUAAAGCGGGAGUGCAAAAGGGCGGCCAACAGCAACGACCGCAAGGCGGGAGAGGAGGCCGCGGCCCAGCUCCUCGCGGCCGCGGUAAUGGUGCUCCAGGCCGUCGUGGCGGCAGGGGCGGUCGGGGCCGGGGCCCUCGCGAGGGCGGGAAGCCUAAGUCCCAGGCUGAGCUCGAUGCCGAGCUGGAGGGCUAUAUGCUAAGGGACCCGGAGCACGGCAGGACCUACCUGGACAAAGAACUUGAAGAUUACAUGAAGGCCAAGGGCAAGGCUCCUGCUGCGGAGGCUGGCGCUGGAGAGGCCGAGGCUGAGGCUGCGGCAGAGUAGAGGAGCGAUUUUCGGAUACUUCUGGCGACUUGACUACUUUGGCUGUUGUGCUUGUACUUCAUCUGCAUCAUUAAGAUGUUUUAUGGGGAAACAGCCUCGUUAUGUUCCGUUGGACUUGACAUUGACCAACAAAUUGGACCUGACAUAGAGACACGGCUUGCACUAGUUGCACUCAGCCAACAUGUCUUUCCUAUAUCAUACAUGACUGAUUAGUACAGUUGUUGUUGUUUAUUUGGAGCGCUCCUUAGCCGAGGCGAGGGAAGCAGCGAGCGAUGUGGAAUGCUCGAGCGUGUUACAGGCGUGUCCAGCAUGAUAGAUGAUGCUCGUUUAGACGUCGUUGUUUCCCCGGGUGCCGUUCAGUCGCGGACACGCUGUGGUGUUUGCGGUGAGCUGUGUAUUCUCUUGUGAGGCAGCCCCGGGGAUUUACUCGCAGACAAGGUCUGAGAACAUCAUGACUUGUCGGCGCGCGCAAGUGCGAACUGCUAGAAGCUCCACGUCAAAUACCUGAGAGGGCGAGGAGAUUGCGGAGGUUGGACUUGAAGACUGCAAGGGAUAUGCUGUUUGUAACGAGAGAUUUCAACUAAUGCAUAUGAGUUGCAUAUUCGAUAGCGUGCUGGUUAUCUUUCUGUUGUGGUGGCACCUACCUCGCAUUGCUUAGCGCUGAAGAAGGUGGAUGGACCCACAGGGGGCCCGAGGGCAGGUGGCACGACAAUUCUGCGCUUGCCACCAGGCUUCAUCGUACGAAUGCCCUCCUCGAAACCUGCAUCCAUGUCGGGGGGUAGAACGAAAACCAUUAUUGCCUCAAAUCGUGUUUUAGGUAUUGAACAGCUGAACGUAAGGCACAUGUAGGUGCCAUCCUGGCAACUUGUGGCUAGCACAGGACAUCCUGGUUGGUGGCAACUGAGGUCGUGGUACGGCAUCCUACGCACCUGGGAUCAUGCCGCCCACUCCCAAGCGCGUCUGCGCAGGCCUGCCUUGCCGAAAGGAGGUGUCAAUGAUGCUCCCUGACUCGUUGUAGCCCUGAAACCAAUGGCAGUGUACGACACGUAGCCUCAAUCCCAUUAGGCCUUAAUGAAUCACGACACACACAUGG